UCUGUUAUUUUUCAUUGACUUCUCUAACACCAAUACUUAGCUGUCUGCUGAGGAAGGGACUUAAGUUCACUUGACUUCAAAGGAAUGCUUCUCACAGCAGUUCUUUUUUUGGACUUCCAGAUGUGACUGUCAGAAGGUGCUUUGAAGCUCUCUGUCUUCAAAGAUGGCAAGAGGGUCUCAUGACUGGCUUAUGUGAACUCUGCUUAAGCUCUGGCUUGGAUUCUUAAUUUUGGGACUUGAAAGUUUCAAGCUUAGUUAUUAAAUUUGGUCUUAUGGGUGGUUAUAUUUUUCUUAAAUGCUUUAACGUUGCCUUGGUAAUGCUUAAUUUCAUAGUCAGCUGUUUGAUUUGGUUGCCUUCAAGCUCAAGUAGCGUGAACGUCUCCUUUAAGCAGCAUGUGAAGAGACUAGAGCACCAAGGAAUUAGAAUUGAAUUUGUAGGACAAAUUGAACUGUUCAAUGACAAAAGCAAUACCCAUGAAUUUGUAAACUUAGUGAAAGAACUGGCCUUACCUGGAGAACUGACCCAACACAGGAGCUAUGACUUUGAAUUCAUGCAGGUUGAAAAGCCAUACGAAUCCUACAUUGGUGCCAACGUCAGACUGAGGUAUUUUCUAAAAGUGACAAUAGUGAGACGGCUGUCAGACUUGGUGAAAGAAUAUGAUCUGAUUGUUCACCAACUUGCUACAUACCCGGAUGUAAACAACUCCAUUAAAAUGGAAGUAGGAAUUGAAGACUGUCUUCAUAUAGAGUUUGAAUACAAUAAGUCAAAGUAUCACUUAAAGGAUGUGAUUGUUGGAAAAAUUUAUUUCCUCUUAGUGAGAAUAAAAAUUCAGCACAUGGAGUUGCAGCUGAUCAAAAAGGAGAUCACUGGAAUUGGACCCAGUACGACAACAGAGACUGAAACCAUUGCAAAGUAUGAAAUAAUGGAUGGUGCUCCAGUUAAAGGUGAAUCGAUUCCUAUAAGACUGUUCUUAGCUGGCUAUGACCCAACUCCAACAAUGAGGGAUGUGAAUAAAAAAUUUUCAGUGAGGUACUUCUUAAAUCUAGUGCUUGUGGAUGAAGAAGACAGACGAUACUUCAAACAGCAGGAAAUAAUUUUAUGGAGAAAAGCUCCUGAGAAGCUGAGGAAACAACGAACAAACUUUCACCAGCGAUUUGAAUCUCCGGAAUCACAAGCGUCUGCUGAGCAACCUGAAAUGUGAACUGGUAUAAGGUGAAAAACUUUGCGAUGCUUCAGCAGGUUAAAGAUGGCAGCAGCCUGUGGGAAAAGAAGGCCAAAAUUCCCAUUACAACUGUCUUCCUUCAUCUUGCAGUGCUGCAUUUACCAUACUACUAAAGCAUUCUUCAGUUAAACAUUCAAGUAUGUAUAUACAUUUAAAAUAAAGUGCUUUCUCAAACACUGGAACUUUCUUAAGCUACUAUUUUAUACUGCACAUUUACUUUUAUUUGAUAAUGUUAUAUGCACUUGGAUAUGCAUAAGCUUAAAUCUAGUUAUUUCCAUGCAUGGUAGACUGGUAUAUUUGAUUUUUGCUGACCACCUAUACAGUGUAGACUAAAGCAUUUCCCUUCUCUCAUGUUGUUUAUUGCAUGUUUUUUUCCAAUGUUGCUUAUUUGCAUUUGUUUUAUUUUGAAACUACAGUAAGACACAAUUGACUAAAUCACACUAAAAAUCGAAGUUCAUGGUGAAUUUGUCCUAAGACUUCUAAUUACUAUGUUAGACAGGGUUUAACUGAAACUGCAUGUAUAUGCACUAUGACUAUGAUAACUGUGGAGCCUUCAGACACCUUCCCGAGGUUUCUAAGAAGCUUUGAAUCCGUCAGUAGAAAAGAAUGUUAGGAAGCAUAGUUGCCCUCCCUUGCCCAGUUCCCUCCCUGCCAUACUUCUCUAAGCUUGUCAUGUGAGUCACUCCUGAUGUUUGGGGGGUCGCUGCCCAGUAACUAGUGACUGUAGAGAUGUUGUCAUGAUUUCACCUUCAGGUGGUGAGUGGGUAAAGUAUUUAAACGUAAUUAUCUCUUAUCGAUUAAAUAAAUGCUGGUAACAUUGAUUAUUUUGUAAAUACAUGAAACUGUGUGGUUCCUCCUGGCUUUGUGCUUCCACUGUCUUCACAGUCUGUCUCAUCAUUGUCCUGACAGGAGAGGCAAAGGGUCCUCCAAGGACACCCUCCUCCCGGUCCACCUGGGCCUGGUAUGGGGGCGAAUGAGCUUUUUGUGGUCUUCUGGAAAGGUAUCUUGAAGCCAGGCAAAACUUAAACUGGGAAAAGCUUGUCUGGCGCAGCAGAUCAUUUGUCUUAAUCAUCUCGUACGCACUUAGUGUUUGAAGAAAUAGAUUAAAGGAGUUAGCCUUCAUCUACUCACAACGGAGCAGGUAGGCUGGUAUCAGAGGUGGGGCUCGGGCAUAAAAUGAAGCCUGCUGUGUGGAAGGCUGCUUGCGCUUGUGGUUCACUUGGCCUUUAAACCAAGACUUCUCAACUCCGGUGCAAGUGUCAUUGGUAACCUUACUUUAUGAGUAAGUAAAUAAUUGAAUUACCUUUCUGUAAGAACUGUUUUAUUACUGUGGCACUUUGAUAAAGCAGACAAAGACUCUGUGUACUUUAUGCUAGGAUACUUCUAACAUGGGAUAUCUUUGACUGAGAGCAAAUUUAACUCCCUUAUGUAAGUGCCUGUUCAGAAAUGUAAAGAAUAAAUCGAAAAGCCAAAUAUUUUCGUGGUCACUUGCAUGUUGUAAUCUGGAACUGAUUCCCAGAGAUUUUGAAAACUUGAUUGUAUUUAACUAGCCUCAGAUUGUGCAACCAUGUGUAAUAAACGGGAAACAUACUGAGCUGCUAUUUGAUUUAUUAAAACAGCUGUAUUCUCACUAA